AAAUAUUAAAAAAGGUAUGGAUUGGAGACAAAAAGGAGUAAUUGCCCUACUAUGUUUAUGUGUUGCAGUAUAUACAUUUGUAACAGUAAGCAAAAGUAGGAACUCAAUUCAAGGAUUUACACCACCCCCACUAAAGGUUCCCAUCAAGGAAGCAAGUAUUGCCCCACCACAUUAUCCUUAUGAAGAUGUGGAUAUUUGGAAAUAUAUUGAUGCUACUUCAACAAGUCCUUUUAGGAAACCAACCACGCAGAACACAUCCCUAGUGAUCUAUAAUAGAAUACCAAAAUGUGGCUCAACAACUUUGCUGACAAUGAUUAAACGAUUACAAAGAAAUAAUUCUUAUAAUGCAAUAACAUCUAGUGAUUAUUUCCAUGAACGAUUAAAAGAAGAAGGUUGCAAAGCAUUUGUGCGGAAAUGUAGUAGAAUGAAAAAAAGGACAAUUUUCAAUCGACAUAUAUAUUAUGUGCCAUUUGGAGAAGAUCACAAAAAGGAGCCAGUCUAUAUAAAUAUGAUUCGAGAUCCAGUAGAACAUGCUAUAUCAUCAUAUUAUUUCUACAGACACGAUAGCCUGUUAAAAAAAAAGUUCUCUCCUGAAGAGAAAAACAUGAGCCUCCAACAGUGUUUAUCUGGUGCGAAAUCAGAGCAAGAUUUAACCCGAUGCAACUUGGACACUUCGGUGUACCCGAGAUGGUUCUGUGGCCAUUCUGACGCAUGCCUGUACAACAUUACGUAUGCCAUAGAGAAGGCAAUAUACAACAUCGACAAUGCAUAUACAUUUAUUGGUGUUACAGAACAAUACAAUAUAUCUAUUCAGUUUUUUGAGAAAUUAUUGCCAGAAUAUUUUAGGGGGGCAUGGAGAGACUAUGUAUCAUUGAGAAAACCAGCGUUAAAAAAAACAUCAGGAAAAAUUGAAGUAUCUACCGAUAUAAAAGACUUGAUGAAAUCUCAUUUAGCACCUUCAUAUGUCAUUUAUAACUAUAUCUUAAAGAAAUUUAAAGCAACUGUUGCAGCGCAUGGAUUGUAAUGUAGAGAGUUUUAUUUAUUUAAUUUUUUGAGGAAGCAGAAGAGAAACACAAA